AUGGACAACUCACAGGCACAGCCCCAGGCUGCUCAACCCCAGGCCCCUGCAGCCCAGCCGAUGAUGCCGCAGCACUCCAACCUGAUCCGAACCGAUCAAGUCCAGAAACUCCCCCAUCUCAACGACCAGCAGAAAGCCCAGCACACCCAGCUCGUGCGGACCUUAUGGGAACAUCUCAAUAGUCGGGAACCGCAGACUACCGAGUAUCAACAGGCUCAUGCGAGACUGACCCAGAUCUCUCAAAAUCUCAUGAAAGGCAUGCGCGCCUUCCAGCAGAGCCGCCAAAUGCAACACCAGCAAUUGCAAGCGGCAAACGCUGCGCAACCAGGUCAACCAGUCCAGCGGUCGCAGUCGGUCAAUCCGCAGAGUUUCGCGCAGCUUCUCCCGCAGAUCCAACAGAAAGUCAACACCCUGCAGUUCUUCCUCCCUCCGAACAUCAGCAACGAGCAGGCCCAGACCUGGCUCCCCGAAGCCAAACUACGAUAUGGCAUCGCGCUUCAGAAGCAGGAGAUCGGACGGGCGCGGAUCGCGGAUCUCAGACAACAGUUUGCGACGCGUCAGUCUGCGGGAAAUAUGACCCAGGAGGAGGUGCAGGAGUUCAAGAACCGGCAACUUGCGGCGGAGAAGCUUUACCGCGAGGGAAGCGACUUCCUGAACAAAUUCAAGGAACAGCAGGAUACCUUUAAGGCCCAGCAACAGCGAGCAGGUGUCCAACAACAUGUUCCUGCUCAAGCGCAUCCUCAACAAGCUCCAAGUCAAGCUGCGCCCGGUACAGCUGCUGGCCCCGCCGACGGCCGUCCACCAAGUGUCCCCGUCACCAUGCAUCCAGGCCAGACCCCUACCCCGGCUCCUCACACCAUAACUUCGGCAGUCUCCGCUGCCCGCAACCAGGCGGGACAGACUGCGAUGUCGCCUUCAACUUCUCAGCCUGGUCAGACGCCAACCACACAGGGCGCCACGCCUGCCGUCUCUGCUGUGCCCCAGCAGCAGCAGCAGCAGCCGCCGCCGCCACAGCAAGCACCUCAGCAACAGCCGCAGGCCCAGGUCCAGGUCCAGGCACAGUCACAGCAGGGCCCACCCGGUUCACAGGUCACCUUCACUCAAGUCCCCAACGUGGACGGUUCAACUCCAACUCCUCCUGGGGCUCAGACCAUGGUCCAACCUCGUCCUUUGUCUCAGCAGGCUGCCAUGGCUCAAGCUGCGCAGAACUACUCUAACAACAACGUUAACAACAAUAACAACAUGAACCAGCAGCAGAACGUUACCCAGCCUGGGGCCAACACUCACGCUCACCCCCAGGGCUACAUCCCCAACCGCUCGGCUGAUACUAACGCGCGUAGCAUCAACAUGGCAAUUCCGAAAAACUUGAACGUGCCUCCUCCAGAGCCCGUUAACAUGGCUCCUGCUCGACCCACGUUGUCUGGCGGACCCAGUCACGGCGCAGUUGGUGUCAUGAAUCAGCCUGCAAUCCAGAAACACCCUGGCUACGUGCUCGAGGGUGAAGGUCAGCGCGUUCUGAGCAAGAAGAUGCUGGAUAUUCUUGUUCGUCAGGUCACUGGUGGUGGUGAAGGUGAAGGACUCACUCCUGAUGCUGAAGAGUUCAUCCUUCAAAUGGCAGAUGACUUUGUUGACGAUGUGAUCACUGAUGCCUGCCGUCUCGCCAAAUUGCGCCCGUCCUCGACUCUCGAGAUCCGCGAUAUUCAGCUUGUCUUGGAGCGCAAGUACAAUAUGCGUAUCUCUGGAUUCUCCACUGACGACCUGCGCACUGUCAAGAAGCCUCAGCCCACUCAAGGAUGGACUCAGAAGAUGUCCGCUAUCCAGGCUGCUAAGGUUACCCAAGGCAAGGCCGAGUAA